AUGACAGGCAACGUGUGGUUCAUCUCAGGGGCCACUUCGGGUUUUGGGAAGCACAUCGCCUUGGAGGCCCUGUCACGCGGCGACAAGGUGGUCGCGACGGCGCGGUCCGCAACCUCCAGCAAGGUGACGGCGGAGCUGGGGUCGCGGGGGGCGCUGCUGCUGGACCUGGACGUCACGGCCGGGGACGCGGCCAUCAAGGCGGCGCUCGACCGGGCCGUCGCCGCCUUCGGCCGCAUCACGCACUUCAUCAACGCCGCCGGCUACAUCCUGCAGGGCCCCAUCGAGGGCGCGACCCCGGCCGACGUGCAGCGCACCUUUGACGUCAACGUGCUGGGCAACAUGGCGCUCGUGCGGCACCAGGUGGCGUACCUGCGGACGCGGGACGGCGGCGGUGCCGGCGGCGUCAUCGCCAACUUCGGGUCCCUGGCCUCGUGGGGCGGCGGGCCCGGCUUCGCGUACUACUCGGCGGUCAAGUGGGCCGUGUCCGGGUUCACCGAGUCGCUGCACGCCGAGGUCAAGGACUUCGGGAUCUCGGCCGUGGUCAUCGAGCCGGGGUACUUCCGGACGGGGUUCCUCAACUCCGGCGGCGGCAACCGGCAGUUCGUCGCGAACCAGAUGGCCGACGAGUACCGGGGCACGGGCGUCGAGCAAGUCGGGGCCGCGCUGGACAUGGUCAACGACAACCAGCCUGGGGACGUGGUCAAGGGCUGCCGGGUCAUCGUCGACGUGCUGACGCGCAGUGGAGUCGCCGAGGGCCGCGAGAUCCCGAUGAGGUUGCUGCUGGGUCCCGAUGUCAUCCAGGGGGUCAAGGACAAGAUUGCCUCGACCCAGCAACUAUUGGCACAGUGGGAGGGGAUCGCGAGCUCGACAGAUCAUGAUGAUGUGAAGAAGGCGUAG